GGAAAUGAUACAUCAUUGAAAGAAAAAUGGAAGACGAAGGAACACCGGUAUCUGCUAAGUAUCGCGGGACGUCCUUUCAAGGUAGUCUGCCUGCAAGCCCUUUGGGCGCAACACCCAGGCCUCCAUUACGACAGAAGUAUUCAAAAUCACGUUAUGCAAGUCGCCAUGUGUCCGAGUAUGAUUUGAGCUACUCCACAGAUGAGACUGACUCUGGGGCGAACCGACGGGCACGCCAUGCAUCAGAGGGGAGUAGCACAAAGUCAUUCCUCAUACUCGGACUCAUUUUCCUGGCAUCGUUGCUAGCUUUGGGAGUUGUGUAUCUCAACUUCCCGAAGCUGGAUCAAGAUGAAGUUCAGUAUAUUAAACUACCUAGAGAUAUUGAUGAUGCGAAAAAUUUGGGAAGAGUUUUGUCAAGAUACAAGGACAGAUAUUUUUACCAAGUUUUAGUUGGAGUUUUCGUCAUGUAUAUAUUUUUACAAACAUUUGCUAUACCAGGAUCUAUAUUUCUCAGCAUAAUCUGCGGCUAUCUCUUCUCCUACUACAUUGCUCUGUUUGGUGUUUGUCUGGCAUCUGCUGUUGGUGCUUCCUUCUGUUAUUUGUUGUCCUACUUGGUUGGAAGAAGGCUGGUAAAGAAGUACAUCCCCCAGAGAGUGGCCCAGUGGAGGUCACAUGUCGAAAAGAACCGUGAACACCUGCUCAACUACAUGAUCUUUCUGCGAAUCACUCCAUUCCUCCCUAACUGGUUCAUCAACAUCACCGCCCCAGUCAUCGAUGUGCCUCUCUCACCCUUCUUCUGGGGAACCUUUAUAGGAGUUGCUCCCCCUUCCUUCGUAGCAGUCCAGGCAGGAACGACCUUGUACAAGUUGACCUCGUCAGGGGACGCCGUGUCAUGGACCUCUAUGAUUGUACUAGCGGCAUUAGCUAUCCUCUCUCUGCUACCGGUUGUUUUCAAGAAAAGGUUGCAAAAGAAGUUUGAUUGACACGAGUCACCUAUUAGACAUUCUUGUGUGUGAGGAGAAUGACAGAUCUGGCGUGUAUGUGUCUGUUACCAUGGUUACCCAUGCAUUUGAUUAACAGUUUGCUCAUGUGAACUGCAUUUAGGAUUACGGGUCAUCAACAGCUGUCAAGUUAAUGUGAGGCCAUUUUGUAAAUAACAAGGUGAUUUUAUGGGUUUAUUGAACUUCUGAACAUGCAAGAAACUCCCUUCCAGGUGGUUACCAUUAUAUAUAUGCUUGCAAAUAUGGAUGUAUUUUGCUACAGUGCUUUGGAUGACAUUUUAUGCUGGAAUGGAUGAUUUUUCAAUGUUUGAACAUUAGAUGAAACAGUAUGUCAGUCGGUAAUGUUACACCAACGCUAUCUGACAGAUCUGAUGUGGCCUCCCAUUCCAUGUCUUCACAUUCGGUAUGCAUUUAUAUUCAUGGAAAUAUUUGCAAUUAUACAAUUUGAUGUGUAAGGUGGUCACAAUUAAGGACACGGUUAACUUGUGAUUUAAGUAAAAUAUAUACACAAACCAAAAAGUAAGCACGCCCUGUAUAUUUUACAAUAACUGGCCCUAUGAGUGUUGGCAUUGAAACCUCAGAAAAAUGAUUGGGGUGUGCAAGAAGACGUUACGGAUGUACCAAUCACCAUUAAGGUUUCCUUGGAAGGUGACAAGAUCCAGCUUACAGUUGUGUGACAGACAACCCCGAACCAUCACCUAAACUCUAUCAUACUGGGGUCAUAGGUUCCUGGGUGUGUUGGCCGUAUUUGUAUGCCUCCAAAUUCUCAAUUGGUCAUUCGUGACAUGGAGCGGAAACCUGCUUCAUCGGACUGAUGCACUCUUUGCCAAGUCCUCAGAUGCCAUCCUGUCUGGCCCAAACCCCAUGUUAAACGACAUCUAUGAUGAUGAUUGGCAAGGAAGGAAUGCUUGAAUACCCUCCUAGACUUCAUUACCCCUAUUUCCAGAUUUCAGUUGAUUCCGUUUAUUGGCGCUUCAAAACAGGAGAUGUUGCAAAUAGUUGAUGACGUUCAAGCCGAAGCUGGGCCAUGUCCUCACCUUGACAUCAUGUGAGAUCUUCCUGACCAUGUGAGAUCUUCCUGACCAUGUGAGAUCUUCCUGACCAUGGGAGAUCUUUCUGACCAUGGGAGAUCUUCCUGACCAUGGGAGAUCUUCCUGACCUUGGGAGAUCUUCCUGACCAUCCAGUACAGAAUUGGUACAAAAAAAUGGGCAAACCAGUCUGUUGAUUACCGUAAAAUGAAGACCUUGUUGAUGUCCUAAGCUUUCGCCGGUCAUGCCUGUCCGAUGCAUACCAGUAACACCCAUCUUUGCGCCUGAUAACCUUCUUCGUGCCAUGUUCACAGAUAAUGCUUCAACAAUGCAAGACAGUGGUGUUAAAUACCCACACUUGUGGUGGACAGAUACUGCAUGCUGAAACAUGCAUGCUGCACGUGCAUGUCGUCACAGCUGUACUGUCCAUUUCGAUGGAAUAUCAUUCUUUACAUAUUCAUCACAAAAUUAACAUUUGUUGCGAAUAUUUCAGCAUGAAUUAUUUCGAGGGGUGCUUAACUUAUUUCUUUGUGUAUAUAUAUUUGUGUGAAAAGGUAUAGUACAAAUUUGUAUUGCCAACCAAUUGUAGUGUAGUGGGGAAGUGUGCAAUCAGUAUAUUGCUGAGGUUUUAAUUGUCUUCAUAUAGAAUAUAUAAAUUCAUGUGCGUUUUGCAGUCCUUGUUGAACAAUGUCAAUACAUAUUAUUAAGUUUUAGCAUGUUCAAGAAAUUCUGGGUUGUAAUAGUUUCAUAGAAGUUGCCCAUGUUGCUAGCUAGUUGAGAGAAUGAACAUGAGGCGGAACUGUUGCCACCUUUGUCUACAUGUGAUUAUGAUCAUGAUCAUGUACUGUUGUUGAAAAUCACCAACCGGGAAGGACUUGGACCAACCAUCAUGUGUUGAGAGUUUAUCAGAUUUCACAGAUCUUCUCCUACCUUUAUAUUCUUUUUACAAGCAAGUAUUGCAGAAUAGCAUGUUUCAUGUUUGGUAUAAUGUUCAUGUCUGUAUACUGUUUGCCAGUUCCUUAAUAAUAAACGCAAACUUUCCCAUUUAAGUAUGUACUGAAACCCUGUCAAUCUGGAACCCUUCCCUCCAGGACAAACUUUCCCAUUUAAGUAUGUACUGAAACCCUGUCAAUCUGGAACCCUCCCCUCCAGGACAAUCAGGGGUGUCCGUGCUUAUUAUUGAUUCAUCUGGAACUAUGUUCAAAACACUGAUUUCCUUGGGAAGGACUUCAUUAACAGGGUUCUGGUGUAUUUGUACCAAUAGUUAUAUAUCGGUUACAUUAAUCAUCAUGAUAGUACCCAGAUAGUUAGUUAUAUGGACAUUGUGUCUUACACAACCUUGAAGAGUGCUUAGGCAGCUGGCAGUAGCAUAGUACAUCACUAGCCAUUACUUUAUAUUAUUUAUCAGUGUCAUAUAUUCGACAUAUUUCAUCAUAUUUGGAUAAACAUAAUCACAGGCUUCUGCAGAAUGACUUGAGACUCAUGAAUUUUUUUUGUUUUAUUUCAUUUAUCACAUACAAUAAUCAAAGAAUUUAUUUUUUUUACCCCUCAUUCCCCUGUAUUGUUAGUUUGAACCCCGCUUCAUAUAAAAAGCCAUUUUUGUCAUUGUAAUUAAGAUGUUAAGCAUUUUUUGCCUUUGAAUACUUUGAAUUUGUUUUUUUUAUUACAAUUUUUUGUCCCUGCUAAAUUGUAAAACACUUUCAUUUGUAUUUCAUCUGACCAAAUUACUUUUAAGAGAAUUUUACCUAAAAAUAUGUUAGUCAAUAUCAAGAGUCAUUGGUUUUGGUUUCAGUAUUUGUCCUUAAGUGUUAUUUAUGUAUUAAGAAAAUGUAAAAAAUAAAUAUGCAGACAUA